UUAACUGCUCAGAGGACAAGUCCCUUACAUUUAAUUGCUUCGUAGUUUCGAAAAUGUAGCAACUUUAAUGGCAGAAUACAGUUCUAAAAAAAUAUUAAUUCUCCAAAUUUAAUGAUUGUAUUGGAAUUUUAAUUUCAAAAUUGAUCUUAAGUUUAAAAAUUAACUGUUUGGAUUCAAAAUGUUCUGGGACAUCGUUUUGUAUACGUUGGUGGCAAUUGGUAAAUUGGAAGCGACAACACCGAUGACAACUAUGCCACCUACUACACCACCUCCUACGAAUAAUUUUUUUUUUGGUGCUGCGGCAUCAAAACAUCGAAGGGAUAAAAAACUGGAUGUAAAACCUUUAGCUGUAGUACAUGGUGUUUCAGCAUUGCAUUGUCUUGGUCUAUGCGUGCAACGCCAAAUAGGAAGCAAAUCAAAGAUUUGCAGAUCAUUCAAUCAUUAUAAUGGAACUGAUACAUGCUAUAUGCUAAACACUUACGUAUGUGAUGGAGAUAGAGAUUUAACAGACGCUCCUGGUUACAGUUAUUUCGAUCUAGUGGAUGACUACACAAGAGACGCAGAAUUCAUGAUUUCGAAGCAGUGUGCAGCAAAAGGAAAAUGUUCAGCAAAAUGCUUGAAAUUCAAGCUUUUCAAAAUGCCAAUGUCUUGGCAAGAAGCUCAUGCCUCUUGUAGAGCAGAACAGGCCUACUUAGCUAUGCCUAAGACUUGGAAUGAUCAUGAAGUUUUAAUAACGAUGAUGAAAAAAGGCAACAUUCUACAGUCAUGGAUUGGAAUCAGAAAAAGAGAAGGAGUGUUCUUCUAUGAUAAUGGAGCACCGCUUCUGCAGAAUCUGACUUUUUGGGGUCCAGACCAACCCAACGACAGCGGAGGUACACAGCAAUGUGUGCAAAUGAUGAAUGAAAUGGAAUACCUCUGGAACGAUUUUGACUGUGCUCGACCCGUAGGCUAUAUCUGCCAGUAUGUUUGGUAAUUUCAAAACAAGUGUAGAUUAUUUUAGAUGUCUUCAAUCAAAGCCUUGUAAAGAUUGAAAUCUGACUUUGGUUAAACGUUGUAAAGAGAAAAAAAAAAGG